UCUGCAAACGGCGGGCCACCAGUCCCCUCCACACUGGGGCGGGUGCCAUGGAGCACCUCCCAGCAGCCAGGGCUCGGCAGCCCCUGGCACAGCCAACGCUGGUGCAGCCGGCAACAGGGCACCCUAUCCUGGCACGGCGCCGACGUGAUGGAGGCUUCGAUGCACGCGGCGCAAGUGCGGCUCUAGCCGCGGCUGGCCUUCUGGGCGCACCUUUCUGGCGCCAGCGAGCACGACGGCUCGUCCGCUGUGCAGGCGAGGCCAAGUGGAUUGAUGGCCUGCAGGACAUCGCGAAGGACUACGAUGCCUUCAUUUUCGACUUGUGGGGUGUGGUGCACAACGGACGGGUGGCUUUCCCAUGGGCCAGAACCACCCUGGAGGAGCUCAAGCGGCAAAGGAAGCCGGUACUCUUCCUCUCCAACUCCUCCCGGCGUCGGGCGACCAACCGGGCGGCUUUGGCAAAGCUGGGCAUUGGCCCGGACCUGUACGUGGACCUCAUCACCAGCGGCGAGGUGGCUUGGCGCAUCCUGGCUGGAGAGGCGGAGGUCGAGGUCGCCCCAGAGGUGCGAUCGGCAAAGUCCGUCCUCACUUUUGGGAACGGUGAAGACGAUGUGGAGUACCUGGAACCCUUGGACCUGAAGGUAGCCAAUGCUGAGGAGGCUGACCUCCUGCUGGCGCGGGGCUGCUUCAGUCUCUACGGGAAGGAGGCGCAGCCAGCCUCUUGGGAGGAGAUUGAUGCACAACUCAGCCUUGCCGCCAAGCGCGGGGUUCCGAUGCUCGUGGCCAACCCGGAUGUGGUUCGCCCGGAUGGGAACUCCAGCCCCAUGCCAGGAAGGUUAGCUCAGCGUUACAGCGCCUUCGGUGGGCCAGCGGCUCACUUUGUGGGAAAGCCAUACCCAGCAGUUUUUGAUUUGGCACACCAAAGGUUGCGGGAGGCAGGCGUGCCUUCCUCCGCGCGGGUCUGCAUGGUGGGAGAUUCUGCAUGGCAUGACGUACGCGGAGCUCGCGCGGCUGGUUUGGACGUAGUGCUUCUUUGCAGUGGCGUCCACAGUGCAGCAUUGGGCAUCGAGCAAGCUCCCGCAUCGCCCAGCCGGCCAUCGUCGGACCGCCUGGAGGCCUUCCUUGGUGCGCUGGAAGAGCAGGAGCGGCCGAGCUUUGUGACGGCGGCCUUGAGCUGGGGCCGGCCUCCCCGGCCUCCGGCGUCGGCGGUAGUGUUCGGGCUUGCCUGUAUGGACAUCGCUCAGCAGCUGGAGUCGUACCCGGCAGCAGAUGCCAAGGUGCGAGCAGCUCAAACCUCCUGGCUUGGAGGUGGCAACGCGGCCAACACCGCGUCGGCCUUGGCGCGACUGGGGGCAAGCACGCGGCUCAUCUCAAAGGUGGGCAGCGACGCCCUGGGCGGCGCCAUCCGCCAGGGUCUGGAGACGCAGGGCGUGGAGGCGCUGCUGGCCAGCGGAACCAGGUCGGCAUUCAGCACUGUGCUGGUAGACGCAGAGACGGGCACCAGGACCUGCAUCAACUCGCCAGCAGAGGAUAUGACGGCAGAGGAGCUGCAGCAGCUACUUGGCGAGGUUCCCCUUGGGGCCAAACUGCUGCAUUUGGACGGUCGGCACCCGGAGGCCGCCCUGGCACUGGUUGAGGCAGUGUCAGGUGAAGGCGAUACCUUCGUGACACUGGAUGCUGAACGCGUGCGUCAAGGGUUGGAGCCCUUGCUGCGGCGGUGCAACGGCCUCUUCUGCAGCUCUGGGUUUCCUGCCGCCUGGACCGGGAAGGCUGGUUUGCCAGCGGCGCUUGCCAGCUUGCUGAGAGAUACAGCCACCAACGCCGACUUCGUCGUUGCGACCCGCGGGGAGAAAGGCUCCCUUCUGCUGGCCAGGCCAAGCUGGGUAAGCCAGGAGGAGCUGGGAGUGAAGGAACUGUCAGCCCUCAAGGUGCCAGUGGUUUGCUGUGCCGGUUCUUACGAGGGUUUCUACACUUUGGCUUGUGAUGCCUGGCCUCUGGAAGAGCCUUUGGUGGACGACCUGUGUGAGGAUGCUGGAGAGAGAGAGAAGAAAGAGAGGACGAGAGGAGGCUUCCUUCACGCCUGGCUGGCUGGGAAGCCGCCAGCUUGUGCGCUGGCCAGCGGCGCAUCUGUCGCAGCAAAGAAACUGCAGAACUUGGGUGCCCGUCUGGCCCCGGACUUUGUGCCAGAUGAGCGUUUGGUUUCGCGAUUGAGCCAAGAGAUGCCCACUGCUCGCCGUGUGGCAUUUGAAAGGCGAAUGAUCAUUGAUGAGGAGAUCCAGACGGCCGACAACAAGACCUUCAGGCUGGUACCAAAGUCGGUGCUGAAGCCGGAGCAGUUUCCCCAGGCUGUGGUGGAGGCCCUGCGCCGGGAAGGCAGGGUGAGAGGUGUGUUUCAGUCGAUUCACUUGCACAGGUGCCCUGGUCCUGGACCUUGUGCUUCCGCCGUGUGGCCUCGGCAGCAGCUGCGGCACUGGGAGCGCCUGCCGUUGGUUGCAGCUUUGGCCUGUGCGUCCCGUGGAGCACGGCGGGCCAAAGAGGCAGAGCCGGAGGUGCCGCCUGAGGACGGUGGCGACUCGAGCCACUUGGACUUGGCAGAUGAGGCGGUUGCUGCAGUGCAGGAGGUAUCCGAGGGCUUUGGGCUGAUGACCAUGAUUAUCCAGGACUACCUGGAGGAGGGCGACUUCUCUUGGGCUGAAGCCAUGGGCCGGGAGUGGCUCGCCUCGGCGGAGCCCCCGGACCCCAAGGCCUGCGGCCUAGUGGCGGCCUCCUGGCUCCGGGCACGGCGCGCUGACAAGGCCGAAUUCUGGCUGCGGCAGACCGGGGCUAAAGGCCAAGACUUGCUCUCGUACAUCCCAGACAGAUGGCCGCUAUCCGACUUGGUUGGAGAGCUCCAGGAAAUCUGCAAGAAGAUAGAUGCAGGCGAUCUUCCAGGUGACGCGUGA